GGGCUGUUCGCCGCGCGCUCGGGAUGUUCAGCAUUAGCCUCCGCCGCGUGGUCUGCGCGCGGGGAAGGCUGCGCGCGCAUUUCAGCACCCCGCCUGCUUGGUAUCACUUGCUGAAGCUAAAAAAAUUAGACAAGUCAAUGAGAGAAACACCCAGUAAAAUAAACUACUUGAAACCGUUAAAGCCACUGGAGCCUGAUUCGUUGCUGAAACUACUGGAAGCAUCUAUAGUACAUGCGGAUGGUACACUUGUGGCCAUUAACAAACCUUGCGGUAUCCCUGUAUCAGGCAAGCCAGAAGACCUGACUUUGCAAUCUGUUCUGCCACAGCUAAGCCAGAAUCUAAAUCUCCCACAAGAUCUCCAGGUGAUCAAAGCUCCAGAAAAGGAAGGUUCUGGACUUGUUCUGCUGUCAAGUUGCCCAAACACUACCCGAUAUAUCCAAGAUUUUUAUAUUCAGCGUAAGAAGAAAAAAGAUCCAGUUGCUACUUACUGUGCUAUUACUACCAGGACUCCAGUAGCUACAGAAGGAGAAAUUCAUACAGGCCUCAAGCUGGUGGACAUUGAUGGCUUUGAUCUGGUAGUGCCAGAGGCUUCCCCUUCUCGCAAGAGCCUGCAAAUGAAGGAGGUAAAAAAGACACUGACUUACUACAAAGUGCUGGACUCAAAGAAGGGCUGUGCCCUUUUGCAGCUGCAGCCAGUGACAACCUUUCGGAACCAGCUGCAGGUACACCUGACGUUGAUCCUGAGCCCGGUGCUGGGAGAUCACGUGUAUUCCCCUCGGGUGGGAACAGUUCUUGGAGAACCCUUUCUCUUGCCCGCUGAGCAGAGUCCGCCUCGGACACAGGCUCUAGAGGAACAUGUGAUGCAAAAGCUCCGGUUGCGGCAAGAAGUGAUGUUUCGCUUGCAGCUUCACCUCCACCUUCACCAGCUUCUCCUGCCUGAUGGUUGCUGUUCUUCCCGCACUCUCUUAGUGGCCCCCCCUCCUCCUUUCUUUCUCCAGACCCUUCGUAGUCUCAGACUUAACCUGCCCCCCUGAGAGAAGCACGCAGUGAAAGAGUAUGCAAAGGACUGGUCUGAAUUCAUCCAUUGCUGGCAGCCCAGUCAAGUGGAUGCGGCUGCCUCAAAAUCCAGCAGCAGAGCUCCCACACAAGGAAAAAUUCCACACGGUUACGGAAGAAAACUUUGCUUCUUCAGGAAAAGGAUUCAGAUAUAUAUUGCAUUCCGUGAGAGUUGCUUGAAUAGGCAGCAUACAAAUGAUUGAUAGUGGGGAAAAAAGCUUAUCAAAAAGUGCGAUAGGAAGGAGAUUUCUAAGUAAAAACCUCUGUUGUAACUAGCUGGUAUAAUCUGGCUAAAAAAGUAUUUUAAAGUGAACGUUUGUGAGUUAGUUUGCUUUUAUUAAAAGCUGUUCCUGUACCCACA